AUGUCUCUGUCCAACGAACAAGCGGAAUCUAUUUUGGCUCCAUUAAUGAAGCAGUAUCUUGAAGCACUCAACACCUCCGACUGGAAGGCCGUGGAGAACUUUUACCACGUCAACGCCGUCAUGAUUGAGAAGGGAAAGAGCUGCAUGUUCGGCAACCAAGCUAUUGUGGACAGUUUCAAAGGAAUGGGAGCCGAGUUUGGAAAGUAUGAAGUUCAAAUCUCAAACUCUCGCUAUGAAGGUGUUGGUGACUUCGUCAACAUCCACACCGAUUUCAGCUUCGUGACUGAAAAACAAGGAGUUCUUAGCGGGAAGUUCAUUCAAAUCUGGCAGAACGAGGGAGGAAAGUAUGCCAUUCUCCAUGAUCAGUUUGAGAUAUAA